ACGUGCUAAACUCUCACGGAAGAGAAGUUACGCAGCUAUCCAUCCCAAAGUUUCAAUCGUCGCGAUCCUCCCACCGCGGCAGCAGGAUGACUAUGAUUUACAUUUUCGAUCGAUACAGCACUCGUAGCGUCUAGUCUUUCUCGCAAUUGUCUGCGAGCGUCCGAUCAGACGGUUCGACCGAGCGGCUUGUGGUAGAAUAGAUCCGUUUUGUUACGAGCAGGAGAUCAGUUUGUUUGGCGGAAUUCGCAUCGGGACGUGAAAAAUGAAUGAUGAAUCAUUCUCUGGCGCAGAGUACGAUAGAUUGAUCAAACCGAUCAUGAUAACCGCUAAGAUAAUAUCGAUUUGGCCGUUGGCAGAGGACAGUAGUAAACGAGCAAUUUUGUUCAGAAGAAUCCACCUGUUCUGUAUGUUUUUUCUGGUGAUAGUGAUGUCCGUCGCGGUGACUGCCGACGUGGUUCACAAUAUAGAUAACUUGGACGAGGCGACCGAAUGCGCGUUGAUUUGUACAGCGUUUUACCUCUGUGUUGUUCGUUUGCUAGUGUACACGUCCCAUCAGGAGGACAUGCUGUACGUGGUGAACACGAUGAGAAAGGAUUGGGUCUCGUCCUCUCACGAAGAUCGAGCAAUCCUGGCGGAGAGAACGAUGUUUGCCUUUCGUCUCGUGAAAUAUUUUAUCAGUACCGUGGCUAGCGAGGCAGUGGGCGAUUCCGCUUAUGGUAGUGGAUGGAUCGGCAGCGGUUACUGUCAGACUCUUCGGAUCAUGAUGAUGCGCGCGAGGAUCCCGAACAAGAUAACCGCGGCCAAAUUCUACGCCAUGUCACUGGAGAGUUUCUCAGCGGUACUGAGUACGUCGUUUUCAUACUUCACGGUUCUCACAGCCACCAAAGAAGAAUAACGGGUCGUGCCAAUGAACGUGGACGGUUCGUACGACGCGCUUUACGACCAUAAGGACGGUGUUUCCUGAUGACUAAACUUACAGAGAAUAUACUUAAGUCGUCCCGCUGGUCUAAGAAUACCCGUGUAAAACAAUGUGCCGUCGGUAAACUCGCGCUGUUUUUCUCGUUCGUUGCUUAAGAUCGAUCGUAUUUAAAGGUAGUUGGAAUCAACAUAGAAACUUUUACAAUAAACUAGAAAACAGGGGAUUUUCAGUGAUAAUUUAUUUAUUUAACUAGCGUUAAUCGACGG